AUGGCGAUGAGGCGCGGGCCGCACUGCGAGGAGCCCCACCGAGCGGUGUCGGCGGCCGCGGCGGCGGGGCAGGGAGAGGCGGCGGCGGCGGCAGCGGCGCCAGCUGCGGCGCCCGCGCCCGCGCCCCCCACGGCGGAAGCGGCGGCCACCCCCUACGUGGGGCUGCGGCGGCCCUUGGGCUACCAGCUGGCCAAGGCCACCAAGGAGCGCAUCUGGCGGGGGGAGUUCAUUGACCUCUUUUCCUUGCUCCACACAGAGCUGACCCCCGAGCACGGCCCGCACCCGGGGGACACGCUGGACCAGUGGGUGUCGGCCUUUCUGGUGUAUGCCAGCGUGGUGUGCGAGAAGCACCCGGCGCGCUGCGGGGCCAUGUUCAAGUACCUGGACACCAUCCGUAAGCUGCACGCCACCUACGGGGGCACCUCGUGGAUGAACUACGACGAGGACUUCCGGCGGCGGGCGGCCAAGGACCCCAACCUGCCGUGGGGCGACGUCGACCUGGACCUGUGGAUGAAGUGGAUGGCCCCGCUCAAGUCGCUCCUCAGCAGGCACAAUCGUUUCGAGAGCGAGACGCAGACCGCGCCGCCGGCACAGCCACCGCCUUCAUCGUCGUCCUCAUCCCAGAGCCCCAAGAAGGAGGAGAAGAGCCAGACUCCGUGAAAGCAGAAGGCCAGUUGGAAUGGCAGGCAGAAUAAGUGGCCUGACUCCGUUGGUGUUUAAGUGGAGCUCUGGUAUUCUAGUGCAUUCUUUUACCUCUGCUUCUGUUGCGUUGCAAGCUGUGCUAGAGAAGACGUAGGAAAUUCAUUUUACCCAAUCAGCAAUUGUAACAAUGGACUACAAACCUGCAGAGCAAGCCAGUUUGCUGGAAAACAGGAAUUCCUGCAGCGCAGCACUUGUCACAGACUAUCCAAAGAGGGCAAAGAUUCAGGAAAGUGAAUAAAUUGAACAUUGAUUGAAUGAGGUCAGGAACAGUCUCCCGGAGGAGAGCCCUGCCCUAAAAUACUACUUUGAGAGUAUAAGCCAAUUUAAUGCGCAGAUUAACCCUUCUCAUUUGAGCAAACUUGUGUGCAAUCCUGGAUCUUUGCAGAUCACGACUGGACACUUCAAAAAAAAAAUAAAAAAAAUCUGUGUACUAUAUUUGCUUAAAAAAUAAAUCCUAACUUGUCUUGUUACACCUGUUAAUUUUACUUUUUCACUGACAGUAUCUGCAACAUAAAUGUAUAUUUGACUUAACACAGUAUCCUACAUUUGCUAUAACUCAGGUUGUUGACAGAAUUAUUCUGUGAGGCUCAGUACCACCUCUUCAUUCUUCUCUGAAGAAAAUUCUUUAGCCAUUCCUGUCAUUUCCAGAAGUAAUUGAUAGCCCACUUAUGCAUUGCAAAAUUCUUGAACAGAUUUAAUAGCUGACCUAAAUUAUUGCUCUUGUUUUAUCCUCAUAGAAUAGUUAGCAUCUUGAACAUCAGACCAAACUUUUGUGGUCUGGUGUUCAUGAAAAUCAUUCAUUGGUUCACGGUUUAAUUGUUUUACAUCUCUGUAUUUUGUUUUCUUUUCCUUUCCCCUUGCAUACUAGGGAGUAUGAUCAAGGUAAUACUAUGAUCCAGUAACGCGCUUGAUGGUAAGGGUAUGCCUUUAGUUGUUUCAGGAAAAAAAAAAAAACAACCAACUGCCGUUAUCUGCUCUCCUUUAACUCUCUUGAUAGUUUCAAUAAUAUGCUUAACAUGAAGUGUUUGUAAAUCAAUUAAAAAAAAAUGUUUGUGACUUCACCUAAAUAAAUUUUUAUAUAUAUAAA